CAUGAGGCUGACACUGAAUGUAUGAUGAUCACAACGGGGCUAAGUGACUGGAAAGACGGCUAAGGCAGACUACGCCCGGGAGAUUACGACAUACUCUUUACCGGUAGAGAGGGGAAGUUUCCAUGGUUACCGCUAUACAUCACCGUGGAAACGGGUCAUUCCCCAGAGAGGCACGUGGCUAGAUCAACAUGACACGGCUUGUGAUUCUUAUAUGUGGGGUCUUUUAGGCAUGACGUUCACUUUAUUUAGAUUUGGAAUCAUCAUUACCGUAUCCAAGUAUACUGUCAAGAUAUACAUGUAAGUGUCAAGAUCUCAGUUUUAGUGUCAAGAACGCACGUUCCUCAGACGUUAAGACAAAGCUAAAUCUCCCUUCCUACCAGGAAUACAUACACCAAGCAUCUCAUGUUAAUAUCACCAAGGCAUGGAAACGAGUUCACCCCGAAGUGACGAGCUGUUAGUGGCCGGUGAGAAGACCCCACCCCUAUGCGUCCGUCCCACUUGUCGCCAGGUGAUCAAAUACACGAUCCUUGGCACACUCCAGCUGUUCUGCUACGCUCUGCCUUAUUUCCUUACGGUCUGGCACGUGGUGGAGAAAUACACAGGGGAGGCCACCGUUAACAACCAGCAGGGGUACAUGUACGGGUGGGAUGUCACCGCUGAGAGUUUUAGGAACAUAUUGGGAGGGGUGUUUGCUGGGCUGGUGCUGGUGUCGUUAGUGAUUUAUGUCUUGGUGACUGUGCUUAGCAGACGACAUGCAAGAAGAUGGUGGCGUCCCUCUAUCACCCUGUACGUGUUGUUCUGUUCUACACCUGUCAUGCUGUUAUUGGGCCUGGCGUUCAAGGUGCACGCCAAGAAGAUACCUUGCUCAAUACUCAAAGUUUAUGAUGCUCAAAACACCACGUCCAAUACUACCUCAGCCUGCACGCUAGGGAGUUCACCAAGCUCCCUGAUCCAAGCUGCCGAAUUUGAUCAUUUUGACGAGUGGAGUAUUUUCAUCCUGCAGGUGGUGCUGAUGUGCUUGGUGGUCAACGAAUGGUUUGCGAAGUUUAAAGAGAUAAAACAUGACGACGACAUCACAAGUAUUUACUCAAUAAUCAAGGAAUGUGGAAUGGAGUUCUUUCCACUGUACGACAUCGCCGAAUUCCAGAGCCUGCUCACCAACGCCUCCAUUUUUUCUGAAGACCCCCUAACUGUGACCAUUAUGGUAUUCACGGUGAUAAGCACUUUAAAAUUCGCGCCUUCUCCCCCAAAAGACGAAUUCGACAGACAUAAAUUGAUGUUUGAGAACAGUCGUCUCCACAGUGCGCUGUACUAUACAAUGAUGUUAGUGUUUCAAGAUAUUCCUUACUUGGUUGUGCGUAUUUAUAUCAUGGUCACGUAUAGGAAUGGCAUGACGCUGAGUGAGCUGCUUUUCACCUUCAAAAACGCAGGGUACAUCGCCUGGUAUUCCUUGUUGCUGAUUUUGCUCAUGGUUUCAGCCGAAAAACUAGAUAAAGAUGCUCAAAGGUAUGUCAUGAGCGUUCUUAGAGAGAAUAAGGGGAACCUUUGGGGGAAUCAUUUGACACACCCAAAACCGAAACGUCGCAAAAAGAAACCGAAAGUCCCCAAGCAGGUCGAGGGAACACUGACAGGAUCAAAAGAGAACAUGAGGGUAAAGAAGAGAGUUAAAACCCCCAGGAAAGCAGAUCACGAGGAGACACUUCAUGUAUCGGACGAGGCGGCGUCUCCGGCAGUAAAACGGAAACGCAAGAAGAAAAGGGUCUCCUCAGUUACCCCGGAACCGCCCCUAUCCCUGACGGUGUAGCCUCUUGUCAGGGCAAAUUAAUGCGUCAAAUAUUUUAUCUGUGCCAAUAUUUUAUUGUUCUUAAAUGGUACUCUUUUUGUUAAAAUCAAAGUUUCCAGCAAGAAUGCAGCUUUUUCCGUUUUCAAGAUAUUGCAAAUGCAUUGUGUGGAAAAUAUUAUUAAUGAAUUUUGUUCAAAUUUAGCGAUUGAUCAUCGGUGCAUCGCAGCAGAGACUGCACCCUUGGAGGAAUGAUACGUUUUAUUCACCCAAAGUACUGGUACAGCUGUUGUAUAGCAGUAAAAAUCAAAUAUAUAACUCUAGUUUUGUCUUACCUCAAAGUGCCAAAAAGGGACUGAAAUGUUGCUUGCCUACAAGUUUUUGUUCAAUUACAAUUCACAUUGUCAUAUUUUUUUCGAUUUGAUAUUAUUUUUUGCAUUGCUCAAUGUUACUCAGCACCAUCAUAAAACUUAUGUGUCAAGAA